UUGAUUCACAAACUUUGAUUUUGCCAUUUUGUUUUUAUCAGUUGAGUAAUUUUUUUUAGGUCGUAGUGUAUUUUUUUCUUCAUCUUCUCAUUAAUUUUUCGAAAUAUUUCAUCUACGAAACACAAAUUAUUUCAAGUAUCGAGUGCAUAGUGAAAAGACAAAAUGUCAUCAUCAGCUUUAGAAAAUCUGGAAACGCAGCUCGAUCAAUUCGUCGAAAAUGUUCGACAGAUCAAAGUCAUGGUCAGUGAUUUUCUGCCUCAAACUCAACAACUCCUCAAUCAGAAAAUCCAAAAGAUGGUGCAAGAUUUACAAGAACUGGAUAAACUCAAAUCUCAAGUCCAAGAGGUACUAGUUCCUUUAGAAGUUUUCGAUUACAUAGACCAAGGUAGAAAUCCUCAGAUUUACACGAAAGAUUGUAUCGAAAAAGCUCUUACUAAAAACGAACAAGUCAAGGGUAAAAUUGAUUCUUAUAGAAAAUUCAAAUCUCAUCUAUUGUCAGAGUUGAGUAACAAUUUUCCCAACGAAAUGGCCAAGUAUAGAGCUGUAAGAGGAGAUGAUAGACCGCUUUCGUAGGUUAAUUUUUAUUAUAAUUUUCCAUAACGUUUUUAGAUGUAGUUAUUUUAUUUUGCAGUCAUUUUUAAUUCAUUGGUUUGAAUCAUUUCAUGUUUAUUAUUAUAAUCAAAUGCGUUUCAUUUUUCACGGUUUAUGGUGUUAUUUUUAUCCUAUAAUUAAAUAAAGUAAUAAAACUUCACGAAUGUCAAA